AGAUAACGUGGAGAGAUUUUAUAGAAUCAAAAGACAUAAGAAAGGGCGAAAACAAAAGAGUUGGGUAUCUCAAAAUCAGGGAGAGGAGAAAAAAAAAAAAAAAAAAAAAGCUUCAGAUCUGAUCUGAUCGGAGAUCCUCUUCUUCCCUGUCCAAACCGGAAAAAAUGUCGUCAACGUUCAGUGGUGAUGAAACGGCACCCUUCUUUGGCUUUCUCGGCGCCGCUGCGGCCCUGGUUUUCUCCUGUAUGGGAGCCGCCUACGGAACGGCGAAGAGCGGGGUUGGUGUGGCGUCAAUGGGAGUGAUGAGGCCGGAAUUGGUGAUGAAGUCGAUUGUUCCGGUGGUUAUGGCUGGAGUUUUGGGUAUUUAUGGUUUGAUUAUUGCUGUGAUUAUUAGUACGGGGAUUAACCCGAAGGCUAAAUCUUAUUACCUUUUUGAUGGUUACGCUCAUCUUUCCUCUGGUCUUGCUUGCGGCCUCGCCGGUCUCUCUGCUGGCAUGGCUAUCGGCAUCGUCGGCGAUGCGGGUGUUAGGGCCAAUGCACAACAACCUAAGCUUUUUGUUGGGAUGAUUCUCAUUCUAAUUUUCGCCGAAGCACUUGCCCUUUAUGGACUUAUUGUUGGUAUUAUUCUCUCCUCUCGUGCUGGUCAAUCAAGAGCUGAUUAAGUGAAUGUUUUGCGCUUGGAAUUUGUGUAUUUUGUCUCUUUUUUUCUUUCUUUCAUGAAUUGUUUUUGUAGUUCUCUGAUUAGAAAUGGUCAUGGCUAAGUUUUACUUUCUCAAAUAUUCUUGUGUUGUGUGAUUUCCAUACCACACGGAUCCUAUACUCAUAAGGAUUUGAAAUCAAUCACUCUCUCAAUAAACAUAAAACAUUGUUUCC